UAUAAUAUAUACGUAUUAAUAUAUACGUAUGAGCUGUAAUAUACAGAUAUAAUUUAUAUAAGUUUUCACGAGAAAUCGAACACACAAUGUUUUUCAAGAAAAUCUUGAUGCCGUGCGGGUUAUGCGCGAUACCUGUAAUAAAAUCAACAAAUAUGUCGGAAGACAAAAUGUCACUCUGUAAUAAGGAGCCAAUCAAGAAAUUAAUUCGACCAUCCGAACUACCUAUUUAUUGCUUUGAAGAUUAUUCUAAACAGACCCCAUGUACAGAAUGUCGACCUUCAGCCCUGGAACAGAACAUAUCUAAAAUUCGCAAGUCAGUUCAAGCAAUUGUGUCUGAAUAUCAACAUUAUACUGAUGUUAUUUCAGAUACUAUCGACAUCGGUUUUGAACAUAGUAGUUCUCUUUUAGAUUAUCUACGUGAAGAAAGUAACACUAUGCCACGAAUGGGCGCCAUCGCUAUUGGUGGAAUAGCUGGAUUAGUGCUUGGACUUAGAGGACGCAAAUUCAAACGAAUAAUGUAUUCUAGCGCGGGUGCACUCUCUAUUGCAGCUAUCUGUUAUCCUAAAAACACGAAAGAAGGAUUCGAUAUGACUAAACAUUACAUGAACGUUGCCUACAAUUUUGUUUAUGGUGUCAAACCAGGUGACAAUCGACAGCUGCAAAUCACAAUGCCAGAAAUGCCGAAAAUGCCAACAUCUUUUUCGGAAUUUGUAGAUUCAACGGGCUACUGCUGUUGGUAGUUUUGCACAAAACGCAUAUGCCUCUUUAAGCAGUAACAAGGAGGAAAAUCAAUCGACAGCCAAAUUAGACACUAAGCAAGAUUAGGCGUUUUUCAACAAUAAUAGGACAACAUAGCAAAGAAUGUAUAAAAGUUUUAUUAACAUUUUGGAAAAAA